UGGGUUCACUUCCCACUCACCCAAAAACAUCUCGUUUCUCUCUACCAUCCCCACAAGAUCUUGUUUGUGAUUAAAAAAAUAAAAACCUAUAUCAUAUCAUCAUCUAUCUAUCCCACCAUGAUCACCAUCCAUUUUCUCACUCAUUUCCUAGCAAUUACAGCGCUUGUACCACUCUUGCUCCAUUUCUAUUUCCGGAGAACCAAACACGCCAGUGAAAAAAACAAGAGCAGCAGAGCCCCUGAGCCAUCAGGGUCAUUGCCCUUGAUAGGUCACCUCCAUCUCCUCAGGGGUGAAAACCCCAUUUCCAGGACCCUUGGAGCCAUGGCCGACAAAUACGGACCCGUUUACUCGCUCCGGUUGGGUGGGCGUCGCCGAGCAUUGGUGGUGAGCAGUUGGGAAGCAGUGAAGGAUUGCUUCACCACCAACGACACGGUGUUUGCGACUAGACCGGCUCUGGCGGUGAGCAAGAAUUGGUAUGACAACGCGGUGUUUGCGAUAGGACCUUAUGGAGAUUAUUGGAGAAAUGUGAGGAAGAUUGUGACUCUGGAGCUGUUGACGAACCACAGGCUUGAGAAGCUCAGGCAUGUUCGGGAAUCCGAAGUCAACUUGUGCAUUGCUGAUCUUCACUUGCUAUGCAUCAACAAUGGUGGCCUGCCCACCCAGGUAACCAUGAACAAGUGGUUUGAUCACUUGACAUUCAACGUGAUAGUGAGAAUGCUAGCCGGAAAGCGAUUUUCUGGUAGCACUACAACUCACAGCGAAGACGAAGAGGGUCAUAAGAUCAAAGAAGCCAUCAAGAAAGCUCUGUACCUCGGCGGUGUUUUCGUGGUUUCAGAUGAAAUUCCAUGGCUGGAAUGGUUCGAUUUUGGUGGGCACCUGAAAGCUAUGAAGCAGACUUUGAAGGAAGUCGAUGAAGUUCUUGGAAGUUGGUUAGAGGAGCAUAUUCAAAAGAAGAAGAGAAUGGAAUUGGAGGGUAGUGAUGGUGGUGGUGAUCAAGCUGACUUCAUAGAUGUGAUGCUAUCAGUCCUUUCAGAGGACACUAUGAUGGGUGGCCACGAUCGUGACACCGUCAUCAAGGCAACAACCAUGAUUCUAAUCAUGACUGGCUCAGAAAGCACAGGCGAUACACUAAUUUGGGCUCUCUCCCUACUCCUAAACAACCGCCAAGCUCUAAAAACUGCACAAGCAGAGCUCGACGCUCAAGUAGGAAGACACAAAUGGGUUCAAGAAUCAGACAUUCAAAACCUCAAAUACCUACAAGCCAUAGUCAAAGAAACACUGCGCUUAUACCCACCAGGCCCCAUAUCAGGACCUCGCGAGGCCAUGGAAGACUGUCGAGUCGGCGGCUACAGAGUCGACAAGGGAACUCGAUUGAUCGUCAACCUGUGGAAGUUGCAUAGAGAUGAGCGAGUUUGGUCCAAUCCAGAGGAGUUCGAGCCCCAGAGAUUUUUGAAAGAGCAUGCUGAUGUGGGGUUCAAGGGUCAGCAGCAUUUCGAGUACAUUCCGUUUAGCUCUGGGAGAAGAAUGUGCCCUGGUCUUACGUUUGGGUUGCAGUUGGUUCAGUUGACGCUUGCGAGGUUGAUUCAUGGGUUCGAUUUGGGGACGCCGAUGGAGGAGAAGGUGGAUAUGACGGAGGGUUUGGGGAUUGCUCUGCCGAAGGUGAAGCCUCUCGAGGUCGUCCUCACGCCGCGGCUUCCUUCGGAGGUCUAUCAGAGCCUCGUAGUAUGAUUUUAAAUAACAGUAUCAAAAUAAAAAAAUUUCAGAUGGGAUCGAAAUAAAAAUAUUUGGAGAAGAUAAAUGUAGUGUUUCUGAUAUAGUUCUAUGAGGAGUGCAAAUUAUGCGUUUUAUUUUGAUGGGAUCGAAACAAAAAUGUUUGGAGAAGAUAAAUGUAGUGUUUCUGAUAUGGUAUUAUGAUGAAAUAAUCUUUCGUGCAAUAUGUAAAAGGCGAAUUUCUUGUUUUCUAAAA